AUGAGCAGUAGGGCUUCACGGCACCCGAGGCUCCGGGCAAAGACUGGGUGCCUCACAUGUAAAAAGCGACGAAAGAAAUGCGAUGAAAAAUAUCCAGCCUGCUCGAGAUGUACCAUUUCGGGACGCCCUUGCCAAUGGCCGACGGCCGAAGAACUGACCGAUCGUCGCUGGGCAUCUCAUCGCGCUCGAGAGUCGGCCUCUCCCCGACUGCCAGACACGUACAUCCGGACACGUCCCUAUGAUGAUGAUAAUGCUCCAGUUCGUGCCCGACCUCUUUCAACGAAGAACAAAGAACUACCAUUCUCCACCGACACAAACGCCUGGCUUCUCUCCGAAUCUGCAGCUCAUCAGGUCCUUUGCCAUGAUCUGGAAUCCGUGCUUUCCCGUCACUUUGUCGAGAAGUACUACGAUCUCAUCUUGUUACCGAACUGUCAUCCCGAGUUCUACCACGGAUGGAUUACCGAGAUUCAGCAUCUGAUGAUCCGGCACAAGAGCCUUCAAUAUUCGGUGCUCGCGUGUGCGGCAUCUCAUCUGCACUUCAUCGACGCAUCGUCGCAAAUGCAGGAGCUCGCACUCACUUAUUAUUCACACGCUAUCAGAGGGCUCUCGGAGAUACUUGCGUCUGCGUCUCAAAUCGAGAACCAUAACGGCUUGCUCAUGUCAGUGAUACUCCUUUAUCUCCAUGGGUGCAUGGGCAGAGGUACUUACGCCGACAUCCCACGCCACGUCAAUGCCGCCAUACGCAUUCUUCGACUCCGCCUUCUCGAUCAUGAUCGGCCUCUCAGCAUCAGCCGGCCAUUUGACCGAUUAGCAGUCGAAAGUGUCCUGUAUCAGAUUUUCCUGGUGACGAUGGGCUCUUGGUCUGAUCCCAUCGAACUUGACUAUCACUUCGACGCCGAAUUCUGGCUGCAGGCCGAGAACCUCCUCGCCAGAUCUACACUGUUUCCAGGGCGGUCGAUCGUUUCCAACAGCCCUGUGCUCGGUAUCCCUCUGGCAUUGUUCAAACUUGUCCUCUCAAUCAAGCAGCUGUAUCAGAGCCCGGUAUUCCGACGCGAUCGAGAAACGCUGGACCAUCUCAAAACCGAACUGGAAGAAUGGGAAGGACUCGUGCUAUGCAACCAGGACUUGGACAGCCUUUGGGAACAUGAACAGGAACGGCUGGAUAAUGCCGAUUACUCACUCUACAAAGAUGCUGCGUACUUGUAUGUUCUUAUUGCCUCGAUGCUGGUCGAACAAUUAUCUGAAGACGACGAAACGUCGUAUACGGGUCCUCCGCAGGCGGUACCGAGAGAUAAAUGGCAAAUCCGCAAAGCGACCCGGAUUCUUCGAGGACAUCAACACGACGAUGAAUGGGCGAGAUGUUUCAUUGGAAACUGGCCGGUGUACACGCUGGGUUUUCUCGUGGGCUCUGCCGAGGAUGUAAAGCUCGUGAGAGACGAUGUUUGGCGACGAUGGGAGUUUACGAAGUUUGCGCAGCUUGCACGCUUUGGAAGGGAUUUGGAAAAUACCUGGAUUAGGCGCGGAUAUCGGAGAUCGGAUGGAUGA